UCACUUUGAAGCGGCAGCUUCAGCGGCAGACUCUUCAGACGAAGACUCAGGAAGACAAAGACAAAGGAGUCUAAACCGGAGUCAAGACUCAGGAAGACAAAGACAAAGGAGUCUAAACCGGAGUCUAACAAGGAGGCUAACAAGGCUAAGUACCUGUCUGCAAGUGUUUUCUACCUUUCACAUAUGUGUCUUUUUUCCAUUCCUGUUCAUGUCUCUUCUCAUAGAUACUACAAACCUCACAUUCACUCACAGCAUCACCGUAACCUGUCCUCACUUAUCUAUCCCACCCGCUCCACACACAUCCAACACCUUGUUGCAGGGGGCCUGUGGAACUGCCAGUCAGCUACCCGCAAGACUGAGUUCAUCUCCGGCUUUGCUACUGAGCAAUGCCUGGACUUCCUUGCUCUCACUGAGACUUGGAUAACACCCUCCAACACAGCCACCCCUGCAGCUCUCUCCUCCGCCCACUCCUUCUCCCACACACCCAGAUCCACUGGAAGAGGUGGCGGGACAGGUCUGCUCAUCAACCCCAACUGGACUUUCACUCUUUACCCACUGCCACUCUUCUCUUCACAGUCGUUUGAAUUUCAUGCUGUAACUGUAACUCACCCAGUCAAACUAGUCAUUGUUGUCAUCUACCGUCCACCAGGCCCAUUGGGACACUUCUUGGAGGAACUAGAUGUCCUCCUCUCAAACGUCCCAGAAAAUGGCCCACCACUUGUUCUUCUUGGUGACUUCAACAUCCAGUCAGAGAAGUCAUCCGAUCUACUUCUUCUACUUUCGUCUCUUUCUCUCUCACUUGCUCCUUCUCCACCAACUCACAAAGCUGGCAACCACCUUGACCUCAUCUUCACCAGAAACUGCUCCACCUCCGACCUCACGCACUUCCUUCAGCUGACUCCUUCUCCCUCAUGCAUCCCAACUCUGCCACAGACACCUUCCUCUCUACUCUGUCCUCCUCUCUUGACUCUCUCUGUCCUCUUACUUCACGGUGGGUUCGUAAGUCCUCCCCAGCCCCGUGGUUGUCGGACUCAGUGCGUGCUGAGAGAGCCACGAUACGGGCAGCAGAAAGGAAAUGGAGGAAAUCAAAACACCCUGACGACCUGCUUUCCUAUCACUCUCUUCUCUCCACCUUCACUGCCUCUAUCUCUGCAGCCAAACAAUCUUUCUAUCAGACUAAAAUUCAAUCCUCUUUCUCUAACCCCAAAAAACUUUUCUCGAUCUUCUCUAACCUCCUUGACCCCCCCACCCCCCUCCUCCCUCCUCCCUUCUACCAAUUCAUUUUGUCAACUACUUCACAAAAAAAGUAGAUGACAUUCGCUCUUCUUUCUCAACCCCACCUCCUGAUCUCACCACUCUACCAACCACAAAUUCAGCUCCUUCUCUAUCCUCUUUCACCCCUCUAUCUCAUGAUCAAGUUCUUUCCCUAAUAACCUCUGCCCGCCCCACCUCCUGCCCCCUUGACCCUAUCCCCUCUCACCUUCUUCAGUCAA